GCCAGCACACUCCCUUCUCUUCUCUCCUUCUCUUCCUCACACACACACACGCCCACCCCCCCACGCAUGCCUCCACACUGGGGAUGCCUGGAUAAGUGGAAGCCCUGAUCACUAUUAGAGUUCCUAGUCUGCUGAGGGCUUAACAGGUCUGGCUCAGGCUAAAUCAAAUUCAGAGACUUUUUCAGGACACUGUCAUAACAUGAAUCCUCACUGUUCGGACAGAUCCAUUUUGGAAGAUUACCUUCAGCUUCUGGACUUCAUCCCCACAGAGGUGAAGAAGGAAAUCAGGGGUAUGACGGCAGCUAAGGCUAUUUCUUGAUGCAUUUGAGGAAAGCUGUAAAUGCUAAUCUUCUACAUAUUUUUGUGUCUCUGAAAAGACUGGAACUGAAUGCACGCAGCUCAUGUUUUUUAAAGUUAUUAUUAUUAUUAUUAUUAGAAAUGUGAUGUGCUAAAUGUUCAUGAUGCAGCUGGGGGAAACAAAUGUUUUCCACACUUAUUAAAACAUCAACAGGCAAUUUAAAUAGAUUUUAAAAGAUAAACUGUAACUAAAACUGAGCUGCAGAAAUCGGUCAAGCGACCAGCCAUGGAGGCGCGAGGGACCCGGGGCCAACUAGGAGGUCAAGACCUGAAGGGCUUUGGCUUCCAGCCCCCUGGACUCCCGGCCAGCUCCAUCAUAACUGCAGUCCAGCAGCAGGACUACUCGGCCAGCGUUUGGCUUCGCAGGAGGGAAAAGCUCGAACACUCUCAGCAGAAGUGCAUUGUGAUAUUUGCCUUGGUGUGCUGCUUCGCUGUGCUUAUGGCGUUGAUUUUCUCGGCAGUGGAUAUCUGGGGAGAAGAUGAAGAAACGGAGGAAGAGUGUUCCAGUAACUGCAGCAUUGUGCUUGUGGAGAACAUCCCCGCGGACAUGUUCUCAGACGACAGCGCCUUCCACCUACCUCUCUCCACAGGGCUCAACAGCUUACUGGACAAAGCUCGAGUUGCUGUCGAGAUCGUUUCCCCCGUGUGGUUCCUCAGUCCCUCUGAUUAUGUGUCCAGCUUCUACCCUGCUGCCGGCCAGGGCAGGGCUCUGCUAUCCAGGCUGCAGGGACUGAAAGACAAAGGAAUCCAGCUGAAGAUCUCCACAGGAGACUUCGACUCAGCAGAGCUAAAGACGCUCGCAGACAAUCAUGGCGCUGAGGUUCACGAGGUGAACAUGACAGCCCUCACCGGAGGCUUCCUCGCGUCGUCUUUCUGGGUUGUCGACAGGAAGCAUUUCUACAUCGGCAGCGCCAGCAUGGACUGGAGAUCUCUGACCACCAGAAAGGAGCUUGGUGUGGUGGUGUACGACUGCAAACCUCUGGCCUUGGACCUGCACAAGGUUUUUAGCCUCUAUUGGGGGCUUCAGCAUAAAACCUUCAUCCCCACCUUUUGGUCCAAGCGUCUGUUUCCCUUCUUUAGCAAAGGGAAACCUGGAAGUCUCUUGGUUAACCAAACAAAAGUUGAAACCUACAUCUCGAGCUCGCCAGAUGUUUUCACCACCAAGGAUCGCAGCAGCGAUCUGGAAGCAAUCUCCGCAGUCAUCCAACAGGCCCGCCAUUUCAUUUACAUCUCCAUUAUUGAUUAUCUGCCCCUCCUCAACAUGCAACGGCCUGUGGAUUCCUUUGCAUCGGUGCCAAGAUACUGGUCUCGUAUCGACGGCCUUUUAAGAGAGGCGCUGAUCUUGAGGAAGGUUCAUGUCCGUCUGCUGAUAAGUUGCUGGGAAGAAACUCAUCCUCUUACUUUUAACUUCAUCUGGUCCCUGAAGAGCCUUUGCAUGGAGCAGGCCAACUGUUCCCUGGAAGCUAAGUUCUUCAACGAGCAGAGGGACAGCAGUCUCAGUGGAAUGAAUCACAAUAGAUUUAUGGUUACAGACAAAGCCGUUUAUAUAGGCAACCUUGACUGGGUGGGGAAAGAGUUCACCUAUAACGCAGGAGCAGGCCUUGUGAUCAGUCAUCCAGCAAAUGUGACAGAGAGGAACUCCACAGUGGUGGAGCAGCUACAGGCUGUUUUCAAGCGGGACUGGUUUUCACGUUACGCCAACACAAUACAGACUAAUAAAAUCCCAGUUUGCAGCAAGCAACAGAUCAACAAGUCGGUGCUUUUUAAACCCAGCCACAGAAACUAUGGACCCUUGCCAGGCCAACAUGACGCCGGACCUGCACCACUGAGAAACCAUCCAAAAGCUGAUCGACCCACACCGGACAAAAUAGCACACCGUGAAGACGGGCUGAAAAAAAUCAGCUCACAAAGCUUGGCCAACGAACAGGGGCCAGUUAUGAACAACCACCAAGAGAGGGCUGGAAUCAAAAUCAAAAUGAGUGACCUUGAUGACGAGCGUGCACAAGUAAAAGAAUGGAAGUUUAACAUUUCAGAGGAUCCACCCAGCCGGUGGGCUGAAAGCAGCGGCUUCAGAGAGAUCUCCAAUGGAUCUCUGUGAUGUGUAAAGGGCAAUUCUGUUACUGAACUUUUGUAGCAUUUUAAUAUUGUCAUUUCUGAGUAAAAGAUUUAAGCAUAGUCUGGUUGGCAAAUAUUCACACAAAUAUUCAUCCCACGAUCUCCUUCGUGACAUCGUGGGAUGUCACAAAGGUCAUGGGUUGGAUUCAAAAGAGACAAAAACACAAACAUACCUGCUACAUAUUUAACUAAUUUUCAGUCAAAG